AUGUUCUCUCUUGCCUCUCGUCGUCUGCCCCUCGCGCUCCCCCUCGCUGGCCGCCGUCUGUUCCAUGCUUCGUCGCCCGCAUUCGUCAAGGUGGGCGACAAGCUGCCUGACGUCGACCUUGUCGAGGGAUCGCCCGGUAAUAAGGUCAACCUCGCCAAAGAGUUGACUGGCAAGGGUGUCAUUGUCGGUGUCCCAGCCGCCUUUUCGCCUUCGUGCUCGGAAAGCCACGUACCCGGCUACAUCAACUCUCCCAAGCUGAAAGAUGCCGGCAAAGUCUUUGUCGUCUCGGUCAACGACCCGUUUGUUAUGAAAGCAUGGGGUAAGAUUCUUGAUCCUUCCGGCUCGAGUGGCAUUCGUUUCUUGGGCGAUCCUAGCCUUGGCUUCACAAAAGCGCUUGAUCUGUCCUUUGAUGGCGCGUCCAUCUUCGGAGGCGAUCGUUCAAAGCGAUACGCUCUCGUCAUCGAAAACGGUACCGUCAAGGCCGCGCACGUAGAACCCGACAACACUGGCCUCAAUGUCUCCGCUGCCGAAAAGGUCCUGUGA